UCUGCAUUGCAAGGUAUGGAAUGAUUCCUGUUACUGUAGCUAUAAAAACUUGUUCCUUUGUCAGCUUCUCUUGUUUUCUCUAAUGACAUUAAUAAGAGAAAAAAGCAGUCACUAAAUUAAGACACACUGGGGUUUUAGACCACAUAGUACAGUUAGCAGGAAGAGGAACUGCUUGAGCUGCUACAGACACAGCGACAACUUCUCAGAGAAGCAGGACGCAAGAAAACUCUCACAUUUUAUUCAACAUCAGAACAAAUCUAACAUGAGCUGCUUUUUCAUUUUUAUUCUCUUCACUUCCAGUGUUGCCAGUCAGGCAUGGAGGCAGUUUAGUUUUAAAACUGGAGCAUCUGUCACCAUCCCGUGUCGUUAUGAUAGGACAUAUAUACAACAUAAGAAAUACUGGUGCUUUGACGCUUCUGCAGCAUACAAUUACUGCAAAAUUCAGGCGUAUGCCAAUGAGACACAGGGGAAAGUGACAGUGACUGAUAACCCAGCGGAGAGUCUCUUUACUGUGACUAUGAAUAAUCUCCAGACAGAAAACACUGGAACGUACUAUUGUGUUGUAGAGAUAGAUGGAAUAUUCUAUCCAGAUGUUACAGAAAUACUUUAUAUCACAGUGAAAUCAGAUCCUGAUCUGUCUGUGAUGGAGAGCAGCGUGAGUGGUGAGGAAGGAGGCAGCGUCACAGUCCAGUGUCUCUACAGCACUGCGUAUCAGAAUACACAGAAGCAGUGGUGCAGAUUUAUAGACAGCCGCUGCAACAAUAUGGGGAGGACUGCCACAUCCCAGAAGUCAGCAGUGCAGGUCAGUGAUGAUGGGAGAAGAUCCUUCAGUGUGCAGAUGAGGGGACUGAAGAAGAGUGAUGCUGGCUGGUACUGGUGCAGUGCAGGAGAUCUGCAGGUUCCUGUUCACAUCAGUGUCGGUGAUCCACCUCCAGGUAUUAUCACAUACACUGACCUCUACUUUAACAAAUGAAAAUCA